AUGUCUCAUGACCUCCGAUCCAUCAUCCGGCAGUCACCACCCAUCGACGUGCUCCAGACCUACGACCCCUCGACUCUCGAGAACAAGACGAUUCUAAUCACCGGUGCAGCCAAUGGCCUCGGUGCCUCCAUGGCCCGCCACUGGGCCGCCCACGGCGCACACCUCUUCAUCGGUGACGUCGACGAUGCUGCCGGUGAGGCCUUCGUUGCCGACCUCUCCCGUGCCCACCCCUCCAGCGUUUUUCACUAUCAGCACUGCGAUGUGACCGACUGGGACCAGCAGACGUCCCUCUUUGAGGCCGCCGUCCGCCUCAGCCCCCAGGGUGCCAUCGACGUCGUCGUUCCCAACGCUGGCGUCCUCCUGCCCUCGGAAAGUUUCGCGUUCGAGAACCCACCUCUCGUCGACGGUCGCGUCCCGAGGCCGAGCACCGUCACCCUUGAUGUCAACAUCCGAGGCGUCAUCUACACCGCCCACUUGGCCCUCCACCAUCUGCGGCGCAACCCCGCUUCAGACACGAGCCUCCUACUUAUUGGAUCCGCCGCCUCCGUCAUCCCACUGCCCGGUCAGGCCCAAUAUACCAUGGCCAAGCACGCCGUCGCGGGCCUCUUCCGCACUCUGCGCGUCACUGCCGCCAUGGGCGGCCGGCGCAACAUCCGCGUCAACAUGCUGGCACCGUAUUUCGUCGCCGGCAGCCGCAUGCUUCCCGCCGUCGCCGAGGCCACGUUGUUGUCCGGAGGGGCCGGCCCGGCACGUAUCCCGGACGUCGUCGACGCGGCGACGCGCCUCGUUGCCGACGAGCGCAUCGCGGGACGGUCCCUCAUUGUCGGCCCGCCGCUACGGCUUGCACCCGAAGGGGAGGUUCCUGUCGGGCCUGCUGAAGGCGGGGGCGCCGGCCGCGCCGCCUGGGAGUUGUACGCCCAUGACUACGACGAGGUUGACACGUUUACGUACCGGUACGUACGUGUGCUUGGGUUGGUGGCUCGCCUGAGGGGCUCGCUGGCGUGGAUGGCCGACUUGUGGAGCAUGCUCAUGCGCAAGUAG